AUGGGGAAUUGCCAGGCGGCGGAGGCGGCGGCGGCGGUGGUCCAGCACCCCGGCGGGCGCGUGGAGCGGCUGUACUGGGCCACCAGCGUGGCGGAGGUGAUGCGGGCCAACCCCGGCCACUACGUCGCGCUCGUCACGCUCCGGGUCGCCGAGGAGCGCCACGAGAACGCCGACGGCACCGGCGCGCGGCGCACCGUGCGCCUCACCCGCGUGAAGCUCCUCAAGCCCAAGGAGACGCUCCUCCUCGGCCACGUCUACCGCCUCAUCACCUCCCACGAGGUGACCAAGGCGGUUCAGGCGAGGAAGGAGGAGAAGAUGACCAAGGCGCGGCAGCAGCUCGAGCAGCUCGAGUCGUCGUUGUCGAGGCAGAGCAAGGCGCGGCCGGCGGCGGACGACGACGUCAACGAGGACGAGGACGACGAGGCGAGCUUGGACGCGAGUCUCGAGCAGUUGGCACGGCAAGACGGAGACGCCCACCGGAGCUCCGGCGCCCGGCACCAGCAGUGGCGGCCCUCGCUGCACAGCAUCGACGAGGCCGCGAGCUGAUGCUUCCGGCCAGCCAUUCACCGGCGGACCUGCAUUUUCAGCGUUCGCCCGGCCAAGGUCGAUUAAUUAGCUCGCAUGGGUUUGCUACGUUCGAGUCUGCUUGACACCCCU